AGCCUGCCACACUUCGCUGUUGACAACAUACGAAUGAUAGAAUGCUUACCAGAACCUCCUGUCUUCAAUGGAGUUUGCAAGAAUAAACAACUGAAGUGCAGCAUUAUGAAUAAAGAAUCAUGUAUCAAGUUGCAACAGGUCUGCGAUCUGGUGAAAGACUGUGAUGAUGCAAGCGAUGAGAAUCAAAACUGCGACAAGAUGCCUUUUGGUUCGUAUUGCAAUUUCGAAGCUGGCGCAUGUGGAUUUAUAAAUGUUCCCCAGCCAAUCUUAAAAUGGUCACGUCACAGUGGUCCAACGCCGACAGACAAGACUGGUCCCAACUAUGACCAUACCUGUGGUCCUCCUGACCCUUACUCUCCUGUUCCUAUCCCUCCUCCAUUAGUCCCUGCGCAUAUGAAUUACUCUCUCGCGCAAUGCGUUGGUUAUUAUUUCUUUGUCAACAUGAAUGUGACUGGCCCUAACAAAGAAAAGGCGGAUUUCGCAUCCACAGCUGUUAUGAGGACUGUUGUAUUUAAUCCACCGCCAAAAGUACAUGGAAAUAUUAGUUCUAGUUACUACAAUUGUUGUAUGAUACGUUUCUACUACCAGCAGAAUGGUAGGAACUACGGCUCUCUCAGUGUUGAUGUGGUAGAAAUAACCUCAAGAGGCAACAUCACGACAUCUUUAUGGUUCUCUACCAAAGACAAGGGAGAGAACUGGUAUAGAGCAGCUAUAUUCCUACCAAAUGUUACCAGAAGAUAUUUCCUUCAAUUCAAGACUCGUAUGGGCAUGCGGAUAUACUCGGACUCAGCCAUUGAUGAUUUCUCUAUGGCUCCCGAAUGUUUCGGCUUAAAUAUAGAUCCUAAAGAGCUGGGAGAUUACAAUUACUACGAUCCUACGUUUGAAGAGAAGACAGAACCACAUCCUGACUUUUAUGACAUACCAUACUAUCGCUUCACGCCUUGCGGUGCGACGGGAAGAUAUGGCCCGAACCAGACGAUGUGCGAUACUGCGUACAACACAACAGAAGUGUCAGUAACGGUGGCCCCAGACCCGCCGUACCAAGGAAUACAGAUAUGGACGGUGCCCGAAGAGGGACUUUAUACUGUAAUAGCAACGGGUGGGUCAGGCGGGCUGGGUUCUGCGUGGACAGGCGUAUCGCACGGCGCGCAAAUCCGUGCAGUGUUCGAGUUGCAUCGUGGAGAACUUGUAUAUAUGCUGGUGGGGCAACCUGGGCUUAACGCUUGUAAGAAGACGCUAUCUGCCCAGGAGUCUCAGGAAUGUUCUCGAAGGCAGCCAAACGAGACGCAGCAGAUUUUCACGAGUAAGACGCACGAGGUGCGCAACACACAAGUGCACGACGGUGGGGGAGGGGGAGGUGGGGCCACCUUCGUCUUUCUGAUCGACAAAGAAGACAAGAAACAUCCUCUGUUGAUCGCGGGCGGUGGCGGCGGUCUGAGUGUUGGCGUGUUCCAUGACGACGGCUCGCAGCACGCAAAGGGACGGACCAACUCCACGCCCGAGUCUGGGUAUAUGUACGGGCCUCCGGGGAAGACUUCCGGUGCGGGAGGUGGGUGGGUGUCACGACUGGGGCCAAGCACUCCGGGACACGAGGUGGCGCGGGGCGGGGCGCUGCCGGAGGGCGGGGUGGGGGGUCUGGCGUGUGCGGGGGGUGCACACGGCGGCUUCGGAGGCGGCGGCGGCGGGUGCAGGCGCGGCGGCGGGGGCGGGGGAUGGCUAGGUGGCAACACGAAUGAGGGCGAGGGUGAGCACGGCGGCGGGGGAUGGUCGUACGUGGACCCGGGGCGCACUCUGCGCGGAUACACGCGCGUCUCCUCCGCGCCGCGCACCGGCCCCGGGGAGGUGCUGAUACUGCCCGCUGCACAUAAAUGUGGAUGCGCGUAUCGCUGCAUAGCUCUGAACGAGUACAGGAGCGAGGUCACCUGCUACUGCCCUGCCUCCUGGCAGUCUGACGCCUCUGACCCCACCAAGUGUAUAUUAAAAGAGACGUGGAACAAAGGAUGGACAAUGUUUGUUGUCGGGAUGGUUGGCAUCACUGUGUCCUCCGUCAUCUUGAUCUGCCUCUCUCUAAAUUUCUAUAAUAGAUAUCAGCGUAAGAAGGAAGCAGAAAUCAAUCAGAAGCGUCUUCUAGAACAAGAGGUACAGUUACAUCGCCUUAGGAAUGCUCCGGGAGGCAAUGAGCCUCUCUCCAUGGCCUUCAAUCCUCAUUAUGGCAGUGAAAGUAUACUGCCCAGAGGAGUUGAUGUCAGAGGUCUACCGAAGGUCUCGAGGGAAAGCUUAAAACUUGUUAAGGCACUAGGUCAAGGUGCAUUUGGAGAAGUAUAUCAAGGUCUAUUUAUAGUCCUAGAGUUACUCGCUGGUGGUGACUUAAAAAACUUCUUACGUGAAAGUCGUCCAAAACCGGAGCGAGCGAGUGCUCUAACUAUGAAGGAUCUUAUUUUAUGUUCUUUGGAUGUAUGUAAAGGUUCCCGGUAUUUGGAAAGCUUGAGAUUCAUACAUAGGGACAUAGCGGCACGUAAUUGCCUGCUAACAUCACGAGGUCCAGGACGCGUUGUGAAGAUUGCGGACUUCGGUAUGGCGCGUGAUGUAUACCGAGCUGAAUACUACAAGAAAGGAGGCAAAGCUAUGCUGCCGAUUAAAUGGAUGCCACCUGAAGCAUAUAUUGAUGGAGUUUUUACUAUCAAAACUGAUGUCUGGUCGUUCGGUGUACUUCUAUGGGAGGUGUUCUCUCUUGGCAUGAUGCCGUACACAGGGUGUACCAACAGAGAGGUCAUGGAGAUGGUCUCUGGUGGUGGAAGACUGGAGAAACCAUACGGGUGUCCACAAGAGAUAUACCGAUUAAUGUGUGAAUGUUGGAACCCAAAUCCUGAAGAGAGACCUGCUUUUGCGCAGAUGUUUGACAGGCUGCAGCGGUUCUUACAAGAUCCAGAGAUCGUGAGCGCACCUCUACCAGUACUGCGCUCUCUGUUGCUCCCGCCGGCUGACGUGCAAGUGAACGACGACAGCGCCUCACAGCGGUCUGCGGCCGCCGACUACCUGGUGCCCAAGCCGCCGCUGGACGCGCCUUCCGACCCCAGCACAACGGAUCCGCUGACGCCUCAUAGCAAACAGCCGACGGCAGCGCCGGACCAGCCAGAAAUGGAGGAUUCACAAUAUCAACCUCUUCUGAAAGCAUCACAAGAAUAUGGCAACAUUCCAACGGUGUCUCGGGGCGGCAGUCGUCGCGGCGACGGUUGCCCUGCUUCCGCCGCAGAGACGCGGACAAACACAAAGUUUCUGCCGUCUAAUUCUACUGACAGAUUGCUAAGCUCGAUCGAAGGUGCGUCAAUGGAUGACGACAGCGCGUCGGAAGUAGACGAAAAGCCCGUCAUCUGGGAGACGUCCUUCACCGAGCCGAGGCCCAGUAACACUGUGGACCUCAAACCGAACGCCGACACUGGACCCGCCGUUGAUAAACUUAUAAGUAUAACACCAACAUCACCGAAGCCACUUGAAAACGCAUUAUCAUUAGCAAUAGAAGCUAAUGUUAUUGAAAAGAACCACAAAAACAAUUUAACAAUCGAAAAGAAGACAGCACCAGUCGCGUCUCCUGACCCACCACGGAUUAACGCGUGGCCCAGUAAAGAACCACCAAAAUUAGUCCCCAAACCGAAACCACUCUGCUUAGAUGCUGCACAAUUGGAACAGAAUCUGAACGCGUUAAAAAAGAACAGCGGAUCCGUAAAUUUAACAACCAUGAACAUAUUACCUCCGUACAUCAAUGUUGUAACACCUAAUAAAUUUUCCGAUUCAAAAACAAUACAAAUCGAUCCAAAGAAAGCUAUAAUACACGAUUUGCCGAAAGAAUCCGAACACAAAGAGGAGAAAUGUAAAUUAAAACAAUCUAAUUCAGCGGCCAGUUUAUUAAAUGGCCCCAUGACAGAUGUGCCAUACGCUGACAGUGACAACGCGUCAUCCAGUUCGGGAAGUAAUGGUGUCAAAAAGAAAAAUAAAAACUAUGGUGAAGUAAAAAUCGGUAAUGGAAAGAAAAUAAUAAAACAGGGUAGCAACGGCGGUGAAUUUGUCGGUGAAUCGGAAAUUAGCUGUUAAAAUUAAUAAUCUGUCAGUAUUUUGGUUGUGGUGUUUUCUUGGCGCUGCCGUCGGACUAAUGUGACGUUUACAUUUUUUAAAUUUAGCAGUAUUAACUUAUAACGGUUGUAAAUAAUGUUUUCGGACGUAAUAAUUCGAUGUAAGUAUAUUAAAUGUGAGUAGUUGUUUAUUUCGAGAUUUGUAUUUUAUCUAUGACGUUGUACAAAUAUUUUUAUUGUUUUAAUAAUAUUAAGUGAUAUUUAUUUUAUAAAAGGAAACGGCUUCGUGAAACGCUUGUAGGAAAGAAACAUAGUCGUUUUGUCUUUGCUCAAUUUGCUCAAUGGUUUGCAGAGAAUGACGUUAUUUUUAAAAUGUUCCUUACAUUUUAAAUGUAUUAUUUGUUAAAUACAGUUACAGCUUUGUGCAAAACUCUUAAAUAUAAUUAAUUUAUGUUCUUGACAGUAUUGUAAAAUUUUCGAACCUAUAUCAUAAUUAUUAAAAAAACAAACGCACACUGGUUAGUUAAUCCGCUUUUAGAUAAUCUCAAUGAAAAUAAAUUUAAGUAAUAACGAAUUAUGGCAAUAUUUUAGUAUUAUUUCCAUAAUUGAAAGGUUUUCACGGAACCGUAUAACCGUGGGUUUCCAUUGUCAAGUAUGGAAUUUAGAAUUAUGUUAUUUUUUUUACAGAUAGAAUGACAGAUAUUAAUACGUUUUUGUAUAAAUGUUUCGACAAUGAAAACCCACUUUUAUAGUUGCAUUUAAUUUUGUCUAUUGAUACUGAUGGUUUAUGGUCAUGUUUCUUUUAAAUGGAAUAGUAAAAGUGACUAACAUUACCUGUUAUGCCAACCUAAAGAUAUAAACGGAGGUCCUAGUACGAAUUUUUGUGAGAACUUUUUUAUAAUAUCAUCGAUAAAGUUUGUACAGCUCUAGAGGUAGUACACCAACAAAUCUCAUAGAAGUGACGUCGCACGUGUCGCAAAUAUACGUGUUAGAACCCCUGAAUAGAAUUUGUCGCCGUCAAUUCGUUCAAACUGUGAAACGUUAAAGUGUUACCUCAAUCGCCAGAUUUGAAAUCUGAAAGUAUGUGAAUGUUGAUGUAUGUUUUUUAUGACUUCAUUUUCCGAUAUAAAAUAUCAUUUCAACUUCUAAAUUCUUCUAAAUUAAUUUAAUUUCUAUAUUCUAGAAUAUUAGAUAAAGUAGUAAAUGCUUCAGAUGUUUGUAAAUAAAAGAUGUAGAGAUUUGUGUAAUUCCGCCCUAAAAAAAAAAUAACAAAUAAUCGUAACCACAAGAAUGAAAUACAAUUACGUUUAAUGUAGUCGUAGUUAAAUUUAUUUUAACUUUCAUGAGACGUUAUAAUAAAAUAACAAAAAUUACUACAAACCUAUUUGUUCUGUGUCGGUUUGUCAACGACUAAUUUGUAGACCUUCAGGGGUCCUCGCUGGCGUAGUGAGUAGACUACCCUGACGUAGGGCCUCCGAUGGGCUAUACAGUAGUCUGUGCGGGAUAAACCGACACGGAUAAAAUGAUAACUGUAGGCAUUUUUGUAUUUAGUAGUAUUUCUACUGCGAUGUAAAAAUGUUUUUAAAUAGUUGAUUUAUUCGUUUCCGAGUGUUAUUGUAAAUUUAAAAACCCUAUUAUGUUUUAGAGAUUUCUCAGUACCUGCGAUGAAAGAUUGAAAUAUUAUUGCAAAAGAUAAUAGUAACUAUUAAAUAUAGUUUUAUUAUAUAUAUGUAUACAUAAAUGUGAAAUCACAUUGAGAUGCUUUAAUUACAGAUUAAGAUAGAGUAAGGAAAAAUAUGAAAUUUUUUUUUUCGUCUCUCGUAGUGCCAAAUGUAUGUUAUGUUUUUGCCUCCAAAAAUUGCAUUUAAAUAUGUUUUGUGUAUAUGUGUAUUGAAAUGACAGGGUAUCAUGAUUUAUUUAAUUUUCGAUAUUUAAUUGGAAGAGUUUAUUGCAUUUUAGAAUUGUAUGGUCUUGUCUCUGGAUAGAAUAUAUAACGCAUUUUAAUCUUUGACAAAACGUUACCGUUCCCGCUAAAAUUAACUUCAUAGUUCCAUCUUUGAUGGUAGUUUUGGCGCGUAUUUAAUAUUGAUUAUUUUGUCUAUAACAAGCUUUAUUGGAUAAAAAUUUAAACCGUAUACGACAUAGGGAAAUAUCACGAUGGCUUUCAAUUGCUAAUUUAAUUUGGUUGUAAAGUUCACAAUGUUAAUAUUA